ACCAUGGUGCCACUGAAGCGAAGAAGAGUCGCUGGGAGUAACAGUGAGGCUGACGGCGCAGGAGAGGCUCCACCAGCCAGGUUCCCCCGGGUGCUUUUGUUCCUGUUGGAAAGAAAGAUGGGAGCCAGUCGAAGAGCUUUCCUGACUCAGCUGGGGCGAAGGAAAGGAUUUCGAGUGGAGGAAUCGUUCAGUCAAAGCAUCACACAUGUCAUUUGUGAAAACAACUCUGGUGAUGAGGUCAGGACGUGGCUGAACUCCCAGCACCGGGCUCAGGGCGGAGCUCCGCUUCACCUUCUGGACAUCAGCUGGUUCACAGAGAGCAUGCACGCAGGCCAUCCUGUUCCAGUCCUGGACAGACAUAAACUACAGGAGCAGCACAUUGAUGAAGCAGAGGUUGUGGUGUGCUCAGUGCCCAGCUACGCCUGUCAGAGAAGAACCACUCUGGACAACAAUAACACCAUCCUCACCGAUGCUUUGUCUCUCCUGGCUGAAAACGCUGAGCUCUGUGACCAGGACGGGCGAGGUGUUGCGUUCAGGCGGGCCGCCGCCGUGUUGAAGGCUCUCCCUAAAGCGGUGACAUCUAUGACGCAGCUCAGAGGGCUGCCCUGUCUCGGAGAACAUUCACUGAGAGUCAUCAAAGACAUUUUGGAUAAUGGAGCAUCAAGUGAGGUGGAGUCCCUGAAGCAAUGUGAGCGGUAUAAAGCUCGAAAGGUUUUAACAGGUGUUUUUGGAGUUGGAGCGAAAACAGCAGACCGAUGGAUCAGAGAGGGGAUACACACCCUUCACCAGUUACGGAAUUCAGGACACACCCUCAACCGAGACCAACAAGCAGGUGUGGAGCACUAUGACGACCUCAAUCAGCCGGUCUCUAAGGCGGAGGCUGACGCUAUUGAAGAGAUUGUGGCAAAAGCCGUUGUUUCUGUGUCACCGGGAGCCCAGAUUACUCUGACGGGAGGAUUCAGGAGAGGAAAGCUGACGGGUCAUGAUGUUGACUUCCUCAUAACCCACCCAGAGGAAGGCAUGGAGGCAGGACUGAUGUCUAAAGUGGUGUCCUGGUUGGAGUCACAGGGUUUCCUGCUCUACCAGAAAACCACAAGAAACUCUUACCUGGAGUCUAAGGAUGGCCCUGCUCGAAUCACCUCCAACAUGGACCGCUUUGAGAGGUGUUUCUCCAUCUUUAAACUGGCCAAGGAGGACAAACGGGAAGAAAAACAGCCAGAGACACAGGGAGAAAUCGGAUUACAGAAUCUCUAUACGGCAGAGGGCAGUGUUGGAGGCCACACGCAGAUACAAGGUGAGGACUCACGUCUGCAGACGGGUCAUAUGUCACAGAGUCAGAUCCACGCUGGUCAACAGAGAUCCGAUGUGUCUCGUGAAGAUGGAGGACUUGCGGAGAUAAAACCUGCCGGACACAAACCGUGGAGAGCUGUGAGAGUGGACCUGGUGGUUUCUCCUUUCAGCCAGUUUGCUUUUGCUCUGCUGGGCUGGACGGGAUCCAAGUUGUUUGAAAGAGAGCUGCGACGUUUGGCUGGACAGGAAAAGGCCAUGUCUCUGAACAGCCAUGCUCUAUAUGAUAGCACACAGCAGAGGUAUCUUAGAGCCACAUCAGAGCAAGAGAUAUUUGCACAUCUCGGUCUAGAGUACAUUCCUCCGUCAGAGAGAAACGCCUGAGGAGACCUGAUGAGCGUAUCUGCAGCAGGAAAGCCAAGCAGGUACCAGGAUUAUCACCUGGAGAAGGAAAGGUUAACGUAGCCUUCAGAUGAGAUGGGACAGCGGGGGCGCGAGUCUAUCAGAUGCCAGAACACUGUAUGUUUGUUGAAGUGUGAGGCCGAAUUUCACAGCAGUUAUUUUGUCUCGUUGCCAUGUUCGCUCCUCUCAGAGACCUCGUUCAGACCUGGUGUUGACAUCCAUCCUGAGUGAUCUGAUCACAAGUGGUCAGAGCUAAGUACAGGUCUGAACGCACCUAAAUGCAUCUGAUCACAAGAAUCCCAUUUGGAGUUGGUCUGGGAUGCAUGUGAUCACAUUCCUUUCGCUGCGUGAAGGCAAAUGUGCCCCGGGCCAAAUGGGAAGGACCGGCACCUCCUCAGCUGACGUCCUCUGACCUGCUUUUUACUGCUUUUUACACAGAGUCGGACACAUCUGGAAAAUCAGAUUAUAACAACAUUAUUUGGUCUUUGCGAACAGAAAUGACGUUUGUGUGUAUUUACAUAUAGAGCUUGGAAGUGAGCUCUGAUCUCAAGUGUUCACAGGAGACUCAUCCAGUAAAAUUGUACAAAAUACUGCCUCCUACAAAUGGUCAUACAAUAGAAUCAACAACUCUAAACGUAAACCAACCCGAAGCAGGGUUUAUUGCAGCUGAUAGUUUUAGCUAAAUGUGCCUAAUGACCAUCAAAUAUCGUCUUCUACCUCUGUCAUAUUAAUGUGUCUCAUAGAAUGUGAAUAAUUUUCUACACACUGACCUCUACAACCUGUUGUUGCUCUGAUUAUAUUUUACAGUAAAUGAUAAAUAAAUUCAGCCUUAAAGGCCCCAUGACAUAAAAAA